AUGGGGAUCUCAAUGUUUGGGCCUCCAGAGCCCAUUGAUCCGUCAUACGAGCCAUCCAUCUCCAUUGCUUCGAUCCCUGCGAACGCCCCCAUCGAGGAAAUACUCAGCAUCAUCGAACGGGAUGGUGGCGUGAUUCUCACCGGAUUUGCAACAGCAGAAGACAUCGCAGCCAUUGAUCGCGACGUCGAAGCUCAUCGGCAACAAACCCGAUCGACAGAGAAGAGCGCCUUGCAAAUUAUCCCCAAAGAAACGCUGGCUGUUCCCGGUCUCGUGGGCAAGUCCCCCACCAUAGCCAAGAUUUGCGAGUCCCCCGUGUUGGAGGAGCUGCGGACGUCUAUCCUGCAGGAGAAGUUCAAGGUCAUCCGCGAAGAAAUUGUCGAAGAGAACAUCAUAGACCCCUUGUUGAGCAUCAGCAUCACAUUCUACAUAGGCUACGGUGCCCCCCGGCAAAGGUUGCACAGAGACGAUAACGUGCAUGGGAUCCGGCACGGAGGGAACUUCGACCUCAAAAAGGCCAGCCAGUUUGGAUGUCUGAUUGCUGGGUCCCGGACGACUCGCCAGAAUGGUGCCACAAUGUUCGUGCCUGGUUCUCACAAAUGGGACGACUCCCGACGUCCACGAACGGACGAAGUCUGCUUUGCCGAGAUGGAGCCGGGCUCUGCGCUGAUAUUUCUCGCUUCUUGCUACCAUGGCGGUGGCCAUAACACUAUCCCGAACGAGGUGCGCAAGGUCCACGGGCUGUUUUUCAUCCGGGGCAACUUGCGCACGGAAGAAAAUCAGUUUCUGGCCGUGCCCAGAAGCAAAGUGCUCACGAUGAGUGACAAGAUGCUGUCCCUUCUCGGGUACAAGAAACCCUCAACGGUCCUCGGGGUGGUCGACAACGAGGAUCCGUCGCUGGACUUGUAUGGAGUGUUCGAGAAGGCGAACCAAUGA